AUGCAGUCCCAGGCUCCUCCGCCACAGCAAGCGGGCGCGCAGUGGAGCCAGCCAUUUCAACCGAUGCCCAUCAGCCAGCAGCAAAUCGCACGGGUUCUGCCGAACCACGCGCGCCGCGAUGAGAGUCCCAGGAAGAAGAAGACGAGGAAGAUGGAAGGUGAGAAGGAGAGCAGCAGCAGCAGCAGCGGGCUGCACUCUGACUCAUCACCAUCGUCGUCAUUAUCGAGUCUGCCGGCCUCUGGCUAUGUCGAUUCGAUCAACCAGUCGUCGCCACUCGACUGCUACGUGUUCGCGCCGUCGUCGUCGUCGCUGUCAGCGGCCACGACCAUGGACUACGGGUCGACGGGACAGACUCCACAGCCGACUGGUCCUGCGCACUAUUACGAACCGGUCUACAUGGACGCGUCGCCGACCGCCAGCGGCCCGUUCGCGCCGCGGGUUAUCUUCCAGGCCUACGGCGCUCCAGUCGUGGCCGCUGCGCCUGCGCCCUCGCCCCCAGCACGCGUUAGGGACUGGAACGAGGAGUUCCAGCGGGUGCGAAUGAUCCCGCAGCAGCACAGAGCGGAGCCCCUCUACCUCCUGACCAAGGACUUUGUGUCGACCGCCACGUCCAUCGGCAAGAAGAUAAUCAUGGAGGCGCACACGGCCGAAUGGUUGAAGACCAUCCAACCCAAGGACGCCGGCGGUGUGGCCGGCGGGGAGAAGUACAUCGAAGAGGGCAUCUUCUUCAAGUUCGCCAAGGACUCCCUGGGCCUCUACGGCGGCGACGAAUUCGCGGCCAAGGCGCCUCCCGCUCACCUAUCGCCCAUCAGGAUGCUUUGUCUGGUCGAUUUCCUGGGCUUCCGCCUGAUCGCCAGCUCGAUCCUUCCCAUCACCAAUAAGACGCUGAUCUACGGCAGCGGCGACGGUGGCUUGACGGUGGCCAACUCGUCCCCUGAGUUUGGCGACAAGGUGGCCCUGGCCGCCCGCAUUCUGAACCUGAAGGCGCACCUCGUUGGCCGUUCCGGCACGCCGCAGCUGCUUCAUCUGGCCGGCGAUGUCGAGGGACACAAGGGCACCGAUGGACGCUUUUACAUUCUGGACACGGCUCGGGUGUUCCCGCCUGAUGUGCCCAAAGUAAGCAUUCGGUGUGGCCACCUGUACCGGCUGCUGCGACCCGAGCUGGUGAAGCAAAAUCCGGUGCCCCUCUCCAGCGACGCCUUCAGUCGCUGGGGCCUGCACCGCGCUGCUCAGCACAACAAAGAGGUGGUCGAGGCGGCGCGCCGGCUCACGAGCGAAAUCAUUCCCGCCUUCAUCGCACACCUGCGCGAGACGCUCGCCGACGGGUCCGGGGGUGAGGGACAUCACCACCGCGGCUCGGGCGUCCUGUUCGACUUCUGGCCGACCAACAUCGGGACGCACAUCGACGGCGAGCUGCUGACGCAGCAGAUGCACCGGCGCGGCAUCAACGCGCGCUACCUGAGCACCAUCUACACCGCCCUCGCCACCGCACCCGACAGCGCCGAGGCUGCGGCCAAGCUGGUGAUGACCGAGAUGGUGGCGCGUGUGGUCAAGGCUAUGCUCCGCACUCGUCUGCGAGCAGCCGAAGAGACGGAUUCGUGGGCGCGGGCGCGAGGGGAAACGGUCAAAUUGUUCAACGCCCUCUUCUUCGGGGACGCGCUGCUGUCCACGAUCUGCACCGCCCUCCUCACCAAGUUCGAGCUCCAGCUCGACCAGGCAACCGUGAAGCGUGGUAUCGACCGCGAGGCGCUCUUCCUGCGACUCCAGAAGAUGGCCGGCGCCCGAUUCGUUCACGACGCCAUUCACAAGCUCCGGCGACGACCGCCCGCCACCCACCAAGCCUCGUUCGCCGAGUCCGACAUCGUCGAGCUCGAGCCGACCGUCAAAUCGAUGAGGUUCGUAUCGAUGUACGAGGGCUUCGCACUACUGCGCAAGGCCGAGGAGGCCGUGGCGGCGCCCGCGGGGCAGCAGCCCGACGAGCCGCUGGACCAGCAGCGCCGGCUGUACCUCGAGGCCAUCGACAAGUUCAAGGAGUGCCUGAGCGCGAUGCCGGACGAACCGAACGCGAUGAUGAACUGGGGCUACGCCUUCAUGAAGCUCGCCGAGAUGGAGCACCGGCCCGACGUGGCAUCGCUGCUCUUCGACGCCGCCGUGGCCAAGUACGAAGAAGCGCUCGGCAUGAAGUACUCGCUCAACGCUUCCAUCUACACCCAGGCCCAAGCGAUGUACAAUAUGGGGCUGUGCUUCUACCACCACGCUGGGUUCCUGCGGCGCGCCAACACCCAGCCGGAGCAGCAACGGGCGCCCGACGAGAGCUCGGGUAGCCGGCGGGAGGAGGAGCUCCGGCUUCUGGCUCGGGCCGAGGCGCAGUUCGCCGAGUUGCAUGGGAGCGGGCGCAUGGGCCAGGUCAGCGGCAACGUACUCUACCUCCUCGCCUGCGUGCACGCCCUCACCAACAGCGAACACCAGUGCCAGGUACCCACACACGACACACAACGACACACGACGACACACGAAACCGCACACACAUGCGCACGACACACACGACACACACGACACACACUCACCAAGCACGCAUCGGGAGCAGGAAUGCCUGGAGGGCGCUUUGACUGCGGGCCAACUGUCCCAGGCGCUGCUCGCGCGUGA